AUGUCUUUCCUCCUUCGUAUCACCGGUGUUUUGAUAAGCCGCAAUUGCGGCGCAAAUCUGUACUCACGAUUGUAAGCCAAAUGCUAAGACUGAACAAUCACUGAGGUCGAUAGCAUGCCGUCUUAGUAUUAUUGCUCCUCUCCUCAGCGCCGACGGCAACACUCUCCUGACUGAGAAGACGCAAAUCCUGCAGCGAUGGGCCGAGCAUUUUCGAGGCGUCCUCAACCGCCCCUCCGUCAUCUCCGACGCCGCCAUCGAGCGCUUGCCGCAAGUGGAGACCAACGUGGACCUCGACCUCCCGCCAUCUCUCCAGGAGACCAUCAGGGCCGUGCAGCAGCUCUCCAGCGGGAAAGCACCCGGAUCGGACGCGAUCCCUGCUGAGGUCUACAAGCACGGAGGUCCCCAACUGAUGGAUCACCUGACUGCGCUCUUCCAGGAGAUGUGGCGUCAAGGCGAAGUCCCGCAAGAUUUCAAAGACGCAACCAUCGUGCAUCUCUACAAGCGCAAAGGGAAUCGCCAAGUCUGCGACAAUCACCGCGGCAUCUCCUUGCUGAACAUCGCCGGGAAGAUCUUCGCUCGCAUCCUCCUCAACCGCCUCAAUAACCAUCCAGAACAGGGCCUUCUGCCGGAAAGCCAAUGCGGCUUCCGUCGUCAUCGUGGGACCACGGAUAUGAUCUUCGCCGCCCGUCAACUUCAGGAGAAGUGUCAGGAGAUGCAGACCCACCUGUACUCUACCUUCGUGGACCUGACGAAAGCCUUCGACACGGUGAAUCGUGAAGGACUGUGGAAGAUCAUGCAGAAAUUCGGCUGUCCGGAGCGAUUCACGCAGAUGGUGCGUCAGCUGCACGACGGUAUGAUGGCGCGAGUCACGGACAACGGAGCUGUCUCAGAGGCAUUCGCAGUGACCAAUGGAGUGAAGCAGGGCUGCGUACUGGCGCCUACCCUCUUCAGUCUUAUGUUCUCUGCCAUGCUGAUGGACGCCUACCGCGACGAACGCCCCGGGAUCCGCAUCGCCUACAGGACGGACGGUCACCUGCUGAAUCAACGGCGUAUGCACUUCCAAUCGCUCGUAUCCACAACCACCGUUCACGAACUCCUCUUCGCCGACGACUGCGCCCUGAACACCACCUCGGAAGAGGAGAUGCAACGGAGCAUGGACCUAUUCUCCGCCGCCUGCGAGAACUUCGGUCUGGUCAUUAACACGCAGAAGACGGUGGUGAUGCACCAACCGCCACCCAACUCAGCCACAGCCCCCAACGCGCCGCCGCAAAUCAGCGUGAACGGAACCCAACUGCAGGUGGUGGAGAACUUCCCGUACCUGGGCAGUAACAUCUCCCGCAACAGCAAGAUCGACGACGAAGUCGCCAACAGGAUCUCGAAAGCCAGUCAAGCCUUCGGUCGCCUCCAAAGCACAGUUUGGAAUCGCCACGGUCUUCAGCUGAGCACGAUACUGAAGAUCUACAAGGCCGUCAUCCUGCCGACACUACUGUAUAAAGCGGAGACUUGGACGGUGUACGCAAAGCAGGCACGUCGACUGAACCACUUCCACCUCAGUUGUCUUCGUCGCAUCCUGAGGCUGAACUGGCAGGAUCGAAUCCCCGACACUGAUGUGCUGGAACGGACGGGAAUCCUCAGCAUCUACGCCAUACUGAGGCAAAUGCAGCUGCGCUGAAGCGGCCACCUGUUGCGCAUGGACGACGAGCGACUACCCAAACGACUCUUCUACGGAGACGUCGCGACGGGUUCUCGUCGUUAAGGAGGCCAGAUUCGCCGUUACAAGGAUACCCUGAAGUCCUCCCUGAAAUGCAAGGCAAAUCAACCCCACCAACUGGGAGGAGCUCGCACUCGAUCGACCGACCUGGAGGAGGACAGUGAAGACAGGCGCUGCGAUCUACGAAGCCAACCGCAUCGCUGCCGCCAAAGCGAAACGUGAAGUCCGCAAAUCACAACUUCGCCCAGUAAGCAACGCCGCCGCACAACCGCUUCCAACGUGUCCUCGAUGUCAACGGACAUUCCGGGCUCGAAUCGGACUUGUUGGACAUCUUCGGAUUAACUGCGCCUCUCGAACGGCACCAACCAUCGUCCCCCCGCCUGCCUCUUCCUCCUCCUCUCCGCCGCCAACUAACCCUGACAAUUCUUCUGAUCCACCACUUCCAUCAUCAUCCUCCUCCUCCUUCUCCUCCUCCUCCUCCUCCUCCUCGCCCAUUACUCCAACGGCGGCCGCUCAGGCGACUGUCCCGCGCACAGCAACCGACAUUACCACCACCCCCCACGACUCCAGGGAUGAGGAUCAGGACUACACCUGCCGUCACUGCGACCGUACCGUCACCUCACACAUCGGCCUGGUCGGUCACUUGCGAAUCCGUCGCACAGAGACUGGCGAACCAGCGCCUGGAGCACCCAACUUUACCCACCAAGCUCGUCUCAACUGCCCACACUGUCCUCGCACUUUCAGGCAUCGCAUGGGCCUAUUCGGCCACAUGAGCAUCCACGACGACCUGCGGUAG